AUGUCAGCUACAGGUUCGGGAGGUGGGAACUUCAGAAAACGAAAAUUAGAGAAGAUAAAAUUUUGUCUGACUCUUUUGGGAAAUCUUGUAGAUGACUUUCAGCUUCGCAAGUCUGUGCCCAACAACGUGGUCGAGAGCUCCAAAGUGAAGCAAUAUCUCAACCGUAUCGAAGAGGGUGAUUCAGGUCAACGUCCAGCAUGUAUCAAAAUGAUUCUUUGCGAUUCCGAGGCAGACAUUUUGACACCAGCCGCACAAGACCUUCUACGAAAUGACUUCAAUGUCGAAUCUAUCUAUAUAUCCGAGGCCUCUUCCCUCAGUGUUGACAGAAUCGUUACACUUCACGGCAGGUUGAGUUGUGUCUCGCGGUGUGCUCUCUACAUAUCGUUUAUGAUGAACUCAGGAGCGAAUAACAUCUUGAAAAUUGAGCCUUUUACCUUAAAAUCACAAAAUUAUCAGCUUUGUGUGUUGAUCGAAGUCGAUGACCAAACCAUAGGGGCUGUAUUCGAUGAUUUCACAAGUGGCUUUAUUGAUUGGAGUCAAUAUGAGAGAAAUUCUGGUCUCAAAAUCAUGAAAUUGAGAGGAGACUUUCUCUCUUUAUACAAAACAUUAUGUUCAAUAUUUGGUCGAUUUCUGUAUCAGAGGUAUAUCUCAGACGAUCGUAUCGUGACGCUCCCUGUCAUAAAUUUACACGAUGGAGACUCUCUUAAAGUUCGGUCUGAUAAAGAUAACCAGAAGUGCGAUGAGGAGAAUUCCAAUGUGCUCAAGCUUAUUUACCAAACUUCUUAUCUCAAAUGUUCGAAACCUUCUGUGUCCAACCAAGGAGAUGGCCCAUGA